UAGUAGAGGAGGAAGCCAACAUAUACAACCAACCGCCAAAGACAACCUCUUCAAGUAGCUUUCUUGCUUUAAGACCACCUUUCUCUCUUUCUUUCAACAUUCUCUCUCUCUCUCUCUCUCUUCCCUUGCACCUUUUCUUUUUCUCUCUCCUCCCCCCACCCCCUCAAUUCUUUCUUUCUGCUAUGGAUACUGCUCAGUGGCCACAGGGUAUUGGAGUUGUGAAAGCAGUGGAAGACAACUCGAAAUCCAUUAAUGGAGGUCAUGUAGAGAAGAAGCCAAGACCAGACAAAGACCAGCCUGUAAACUGCCCAAGAUGCAAUUCAACCAACACAAAGUUCUGUUAUUACAACAAUUACAGUCUUACCCAACCUAGGUACUUCUGCAAAACCUGUCGGAGGUACUGGACCGCCGGCGGUUCCUUGAGAAACGUCCCCGUCGGCGGCGGCUCUAGGAAGAACAAACGAUCCUCUUCCUCCUCCUCCUCCUCCUCAUCCGCCGCCGCCGCCGCCGCCUCGAAGAAAAUCCUGACAGAUCUAGCACCUCCAAUUUUCUCCACACAAAACCCUAAAAUCGGCAACGACCUGAAUCUAGCUUACAAUCCGACGUCGUCUUACUACAGCAAUGAUUACGUGGCCGGAUUACCGUUCGGCCUGGGCAAUAAGAAUUUCAACCCUAGAAACCCUAAUAAUUUGGAUCUUCUCAAGAGCUCUUCUUCCACUACAGGAAAUUUCAUGGCUUCUUUCAUGAAUAUUAAUAAUAAUAAUAAUAAUAUGUCAGUUUCUGCAGAUCCGAACCCGGUUUACUCGACCGGGUUUGGAGGUGGUGGUGGCGUGCAUGAUUACAAGCCGAGCUUGGGGUUUUCGCUUGACGGGAUUGAUCAGACUGGAUAUGGGAAUAAUAAUAAUAAUAAUAAUAUAUUACAGAAUCAUCAUCAUCACAAUGCGAAUAUUCCGUCGACGAUUCUGUUUCCGUUUGAGGAACUGAAGCCGGUUUCAGCUACUGAUGAAUUUGAACGGCAAGAUAACGAUCACGGAGGAGGAGGCGGGGGAGGGCAAGAUGGGGAAAUCACUAAUGGCUACUGGAAUGGAAUGCUUGCUGGAGGUUCCUGGUGAUUUUUUAAUAAUUAUUUUAUCUUAAUUAGUAAUCUAUAUAUAUUUAUUUGUUUUCAGGUUUUUUUUCUUUUUUUCUUAAUUACAUGGUGGUGGUGGUGGUGGUGGUGGUGGCGAGUGACUUGUCUUUGGUUUUGUUAUUACAAAGUAGUACGUACGAAAUGAUGUGUUAAUUCAGAACUAACAGAUGAUAGUUUUUGGGCACGUGUUCUCUUUUCUUUUUUUUUUCUUUUUUUUUUUUUGGUUUGUUGUCUCAAUUUAUUUUUAUUUAUAUUCCGACUUUGCUUCUUUGUGUUGGAUUUCUUCCUAUCUUGUUUCCCAGAUUUGCUUCUGUCUUGUCAUAAUGUAAAUGCCUCACAUUUUUUUUUGAA